CUUGUUAAACAAACAUCAUCAUGGCUCUCACUCAGCGCUUGUUUACUGAUGCUUUCCGUGAUAUGGAUCGUACCUUUGCACUGUUGGACGAUCCUGAUUUCCUAGACACGGCUCGACGUUCUUUGAGCUCCGCAAGUAACGCAGUUCAAAUGCGCCAUCCUCCUACAGAUCUGAUCGAGACAGAAUCCGAUUUUGAAUUACAUUGCGAGUUGCCUGGUUAUGACAAGAAGGAUAUUCAUAUCGAAAUGAUGGAUAAUAACACCAUUGCUAUCAGUGGUGAUGUUCAAAAAGAGAAACGGACAUCUUUAGAAGAUACAAAGAAGAAAAAGAAGAGUAACAAGAAUGAACAAGAGACGACAAACAAGUCACCCAAGUGGUGGAAAAAUGAACGAGUACACCGUAGCUUCCAAAGAACAUUCUCGCUUCCUUCGCCUGUCAAGUCUGAUGGUAUCACUGCUACCUAUGAAAAUGGUGUAUUAAAAGUGAUUGUUCCAAAACAAGGAAGAGAAACUAAACGUAUUCGAAUUGAUUAA